CUGUAUGAAUCUUUAUCUCUCCAGGUCUGCUGCUUUAUAAACCAGUUCUCAGCUCAGCUCACUUAGACAUUGCUUGUUUCAACUUCUUUUCAGUCUGCUUUGGAACAGCUUCUGCCUGCAGCUAUGCUGCCUGAUUCAACUUCAGCUCUUCUUCUCCUGAGCGUCCUCCUUGUUCACUCCUCUGUUCUGUCCUGCGUUAUCGGGACCAAAAGAGAGUGUGAUGCUGCUCGUUUUGUACCAGGCCACCAGCUGGUGGGGGAAGGUUUUGAUAUAGUCACACUGCAGAGAAAAAAAACUCAUGUGAUUGAUGUGAACACUUACCUGAACCCCAGAGACAGCUGUAUUCUCUGCUCCAACCCUCUUCAAAACCAUGCCUACCAAAAACUUCCAUCAUCUGUUAUGGACUGGAGUGCCAGCAGUCAAUGCAGUGCUGACAUCAUCAGUAGUCAUCACACCUCUGUUAGCUCUCUGAUUAAGGCUUACGCAUCCCAAGACACCAAUGAUUGGACGGUUGGCUUAGAACUUGGAAUGUAUUUGUUUGACAACUUCCAUGUGGAAGGUAGUGGCUCCAAAGCCUACAAGUUCGCUUCAAUAAAUAUCAAAGAGGACCGCUACACUUUCAGCAAACACAGUGUCACCUGCAACCACUAUAAAUUUAUAUUAUCAACCACACCUCCCUUAAGUGAAGACUUCAAAAAGCAGUUAGAGAUCCUGCCAAGUCACUACAACUCCACUACUGAGAAUGAGUAUAGAAAGCUCAUAAAAACCUUUGGCACACACUACUUCAGACUGGUUAAUCUUGGAGGGCAACUGAGACGACUGAUAUCGUUACGAAGCUGCUUGUCCUCCCUGAAUGGAUUAACCCCAAGUGAGAUCCACUCCUGUUUAUCUAUGGGUGUUGCUGUUGGCUUGGGGAAGUUGAGCAUCUCUCAUGUCCCGAAGCCUUGCAUUGAUGUCCUACUAAACAACGACUCUGCCACUGGCUUCAGCUCUGGUUUCCACCAACACCACACAGAGUUGUCAGGAGGAGAUGGUUGGUCGGGGAAGUUUUCAGUUUCCAAAAGUGAUUCCAUGAGCUACAUGAACUGGCUGAAGACCCUGCUAGAUCAUCCAGAUGUUGUUUCGUUCUCCCUUCGACCUCUCUAUCAGCUCGUGCCAAACCAGCUUCAACAGGCAGGGAUGAAAGCUGCUAUUGAGCAGUAUUUGGAGGACAAGGCUGUGAAGAAAUCACCCAAGAGGCCAGACUGUGACGGCUCUAUUCCUAAUUUGUCUUAUAACUGCUGCCCUGUGCAAGCCUCAAGGGGAAAUCUAUCAGUGACCAUUGUUCGAGGCUGGAAUUUAUAUGGAGAUCAGAUUGGAAAGACUGACGGCUUUGCUAAGAUGUACCAUGGUUCCAUAUCCCGCCAGACAGAAGUGAUUGUAUCCGAUAAUCCUUAUUGGAACGCUGAGUUUAAUUUGGGCAAGGUGGACACAAGCCUGGCUCUGAAGAUUGAGGUUUGGGAUCAAGACUGGAAAUAUCACGACAUCCUCGUAAAGUGCGAGAAGUACCUGAUCCCAGGCUCUCACACUUUCACAUGCCAUUCAGACUUAGGAAACGUUGAGGUUCAAUACACCGUGACCUGUGACCCGUACCUGUCUGGAGAAAGGUGCAGCCGUUAUCAACCAUCUCCUGAGUGUGAUGACAGAGUCAACUGCCACGCCCCUCCAGCUGUGCAGCCUCAUGUUGCCAUCUGGUGGAUCAACGGGAAAGCAGAAGGCAAACAGAAAAAACCCACAAAGAAAAACCAAAAACCCCAGUUCCCAACACUUCUGCCUGCAGCUAUGCUGCCUGAUUCAACUUCAGCUCUUCUUCUCCUGAGUGUCCUCCUUGUUCACUCCUCUGUUCUGUCCUGUCGGGUUGGGACCCAAAGCGAGUGUGAUGCAGUUCCAUUUGUACCAGGCUACAACCUGGUGGGGAAAGGUUUUGAUAUAGUCACACUGCAGAGAAAAGGAGCUAAUGUGAGCACUUAUCGCAACCCCAGAGACAGCUGUCUUAUCUGCUCAAACUCUCUUCAAAACAAUACCGACCAAAAACUUCCAUCAUCUGUUGUGGACUGGAAUGCUAUCAGUCAAUACAAUGCUGACAUCAUCAGCAGUCAUCACACCUCUGUUAGCUCUCUGAUUAAGGCUUACGCAUCCCAAGACAACAAUGAUUGGAUGGUUGGCUUGGAUGUUCAAAAAGCUGUGGUGUCUCGUAACUUCGAUGUGAGAGGAAGCGGCUCCAAAGUCUACAAGUUCGCUUCACAACAGAUCAAAGAGGACCGCUACACUUUCAGCAAACACAGUGUCACCUGCAGCCAUUAUGAAUUUAUAUUAUCAACCACACCUCCCUUAAGUGAAGACUUCAAAAAGCAGUUAGAGAUCCUGCCAAGUCACUACAACUCCUCUAGUAUCAAUGAGUAUAGAAAGCUCAUACAGAAUUUUGGUACACACUACUUCAGACUGGUUGUUCUUGGAGGGCAACUGAGACGAGUGAUAUCUUCACGAAGCUGCUUGUCCUCCCUGAAUGGAUUUACCCCAAGUGAGAUCCACUCCUGUUUAUCUUUGGGUGUUGCUGUUGGCUUGGGCAAGAUGGAAAUCUCUCAUGUCCAGAAGUCUUGCAUUGGUGUCCUACUAAACCAGGACAUUGCCACUGGUUACAGGUCUGGUCUCCACCAACACCACACAGAGGUGUCAGGAGGAAAUGGUUGGUUGGGGGAGUUUUCAAUUUCCAAAAAUGAUUCUACAGCCUACAUGAACUGGCUGAAGAGCCUGAAAGAACAACCAGAUAUUGUUUCGUUCUCCCUUCGACCUCUCUAUCAGCUUAUGCCAAACAAGCUUCAACAGGCAGGGAUGAAAGCUGCUAUUGAGCACUAUUUGAAGGACAAUGCUGUGAAGAAAUCACCCCAAGAGCCACACUGUGAGGGCUCUACUCCUAAUUUGUCCUCUGACUGCUGCCCUCUGCACACCUCAAGAGGAACUCUAUCAGUGACCAUUGUUCGAGCCUGGAAUUUAUAUGGAGAUCAGAUUGGACAAACUGACGGCUAUGCCAAGAUGUACUAUGGUUCCAUAUACCGCAUGACCAAAAUGAUCGAAUCCAACAAUCCUCAUUGGAACGCUGAGUUUAAUUUGGGCAAGGUGGACACAAGCCUGGUUCUGAAGAUUGAGGUUUGGGAUGAAGACUGGAAAUAUGACGACCUCCUUGGAAGUUGCGAGAAGUACCUGAUCCCGGGCACUCACACUUUCAAGUGCAAAGCAACCAGAGGAGGCGUUGAGGUUAAAUACACCCUGACCUGUGACCCGUAUCUGAUUGGAGAGAAGUGCAGCCGUUAUCAACCAUCUCCUUAGUUGCAGGAGUUUGGUGAAUUUUGAGAAUGAAAGCAUUUCAUUUCAUCACGUAACAUUAACUCACCAAAUUUGACAGAAAUUCACAAUUUAUACUUAAUUGCUUAACUUUGUUAAAGACCUAGCUAAUGUGUAAUUAUCACAAUAAAAAAAAAUCAAGAUUCUGUGUAACAUUUAAUCACAAUAAAUAACUAUGUUCAUGUAUAAAAUUGUGUUCCCUUUAAUAACAAUAAAAUUUUUGAAAUUGCUACAAGUAUUUGACUUCAUAUAUUUGCAGCAAAGUUGUAUGAAUUAUGUCUUAUAUGUGUUACUAUGAAAGAGAGAGACGUAGUUCCGCUACAGAACGUGUCGCAAAACUGUUUGGUCAAGACUUUCUGUAUGCAGCAAAGCAGAGAACAAAGGGACAAAAUUGUCAACCUGAUCAUUGUUUCCUUGCAGUUUUAUGGUUAAAAUCAAGAGGCACUGAUACUAUUACAUAUUAUUACAAGAAUAAAGCCAAAAUAUUACAGA